CUGAUGAGUCACAGGUUUGUCAAACUGAACCAGGAGGCUUCAAAUGAUCCGACAGUAGCGUUCAAGCAGCAUUCAGCAACCAGUCUUCACACAGAGGAAGGACAACAGAAACAAAGAUGGAACGACUCAAUUUACUCGUCUGUCUCGGUUUGAUUUGUGUGGCUUCAGCUCUGGCUACAGUGGUCGACCCCAGAGGAGCUCGUCCGGUGGAGCAAGGCACCAGAGCCGAUAAAUGUGCCACUCAGAGAGAGUGGCCUUUCUGCACAGACGAUGAAUGGGGCUCUAAAUGCCCGUCGGGCUGCAGGAUCCAGGGUCUGAUGGAUAAAUACGACCACAGCCUGCUGAAGAAGAUCGAGAAGAUCCGCAGCCUCCUGGAUCAGAACAGGGUCAAGCAUCGCUCCACUGACCAGGUGUCCAAACAGACUUACGACUUCCUCAAGGAGAAACUCAUCCUUGAAGCUGGUAAUGAUAACAACUACUACGACUUGGCCCAGAGUCUGCGUCAGAGAAUCACAGACUUGAAGAUCAAGAUCGACAGACAGCUGAGAAUCCUGGGCGCCCUGAAGGAUCGAGUCAAAGACCAGGUUGUCGAGAUGCAGAGGCUGGAGGUGGAUAUCGAUAUCAAGCUCCGUUCCUGCAAAGGAUCCUGCAAAGGCUACUCAGAGUACCAGGUGGACCAGGAGAGCUACGUGGCACUGAACAAACAGAUUAAUCAACUGGACUCCCACUCGGCCCAGAACAUUGAGACUGUGGGGACGCUGUACGUGAUGAAGAGCAGGCCGCUGCAGAGUGUCACGGUGGACAGCGUCUUCAAGUCCAAGAAUGUCGAGGGCAGUAUGGCAGGACAGCAGAAGGCAGACUUGUUCCCUGAGGUUAAGACAGUCCAUUUGGUCCUAGAGGAGGAAGGCUCCAGCUCAUCCCCAGCAACCAUCUCCAAGGUCCCAGUGUGUACGAGGCUGAAGCAGCAGAAUCAAGAUGGCCGACAGCCUCCCAGGCACACCCAGACGUACAGGAAGCAACGCUGUCGAGCGAAAUCAGACGUCGCUCUUUGUUCAGAUGAUGACUGGGUUUCUAAAUGCCCAUCUGGCUGCAGACUCCAGGGUUUGAUCUCACAGAUGGAGAGCGAGGUGGAGAGGAAACUGAGGAAGGUGUGUAAGACAGCAAAGAUGUACGAAGACGCAGCUGAGAAGUCCAUGACGAUGACAGCACACAUCUACAACAACAACCGGAGAGACAUAGUCAACAGAUACACGUCCGAGCUGAAGUUUGUGGAACAUGCCGAAGGAUUGGCCAGGAACCUGACGUCACUACGGAAACGAUCGUCUGGGAUGUCGCAGCAACUCGAGGAGCUGCGCCGCAUCGUCCAGAAACAAAUGGAGGACUUGUACCGAACAGAGGUGGACAUUGACAUGAAGCUGCGAGCCUGCCACGGGUCCUGCCGGUUGGCAUUAGUGUUCAGCGUUGAUCAUCCCAGCUAUCAAACGCUUCAAACUGACAUGGACCAGAUGGACAAGACUCUCACCCAGAGAAGGAAGGCUGCUACGCCUCCUAAAGACAUCCCUCAUAUCAAGCUGCAGCAUAUAGAUGUGGGUCCGGCACCGUCAGCAGAGUAUAAGACCAUUCCCAUGGUCCAGAGAGAACUGUUGACCCUGUUUGAGGACAUCGGACAGAACCAGAUAGUUCUGGAGGAGUCUGCAGAUGCGGAGGCUCUCGACCCUGCAGAGCUGGAAUGAAAGGGUUCGACUAGGGAAGGGUUGACAGUGUUCAGUGUUUGCCGGUAGUCUGGAUUUUUCAAACACAUUUCACGUGAACGUUCGACCUCUACAGCCAACAUAAACAUUAAAAAAAAAAACUGAAAUCAAUUUUAAAGAAAAAUAAAGUGAAAACAGCACAAUACUGUAUGAGUACAACAAUUUAUGGGGCCAUUACAGAAAGUGAGUCUCACCAUCUAUCACAUGUUACAACUUGUAUCUUACAAAUUGUAAUAUCUUCUUGUGUUGUUUUAAAGGUAAAGCUUGAAAUGUUGUAGUCAUUCUCUGAACCACCUAUUACCUAUCUUAUUUGUCAACCAAACAUGAACUUCAGACAAAAAUCUUAGAUUUUAUAUUUUAUACAUGCAUUAUUCUGGUUCUGCAUGUUGGCAAUAGCUUGUACUACCUUUGUUUAAUAACUAGACACAUUUGAAUAUUAGCCCUGAAUGCAUUGAGAGCACAGUCCUGUUUUUUCCUGUUAUUUAUUUCACUGUCUACAUAAUUAGGCACAGAAACAAUUACUUUCAGCAUUCUGUACAGUCAUUUCUGUUUAUAACUAACUCAUUUUGUUAUUUGUAUAGUCAUACAUCAGUUAAUAAAAACGUGCUCAGGCAAAACAGUUCUGCACAAUUCUGUUACCUCUGCUAGCCCUAAUCCUAUUUUGCUUGCGGUUCUUAUCAAAAUAGUUUAUAGUCACCAGGUUUAUGAACAAAAAUUAAAUCUACGUUUCCUUUGACAAAACUUUGAAAUUCAUAUUUUCACUUGUAUUGAUCAGCACUACUGUGGUAAGUUCUUGUCUUGAAACCAAAUUUGCUUCUUUGCAUUUUCUCCAUGAUAUGUUUUGUCUCUUUUAUUUUGACAAGCUGGAGCAGGAAGGAUUUAAUGUCUUGUUUAAGAGCACUUCAGCAGGGAUGUAAAAAAUACUGUAGUGUGUACAUUUUCUUUUCUAUAGUCCAUGUAGUGCAGUGAAAUAACAACCAGACCAGACAGAAAGUAUGUUCCUCAAAGUGUUUAUUGAGUAGUGGAGGACAGUUGGCAUCAACUCGUCCUAGAAGUGCACACUGAAGACGUCUCAUAUAACAAGGAAGGACAGAUCACAGCACACUCACAACCAGUAAGAUUUUUCUCUUUAUCUGUAGAUAUGACAGUUCAUCUGACAUUAAACCAUUUCUUAUUUCUCUUUAUUUUAGUUUUUUUGUAAGUUUAAUGAGCUUUAUUCUUUUGAAACAGAU